GUUUACUGCCAACGGUGCAUAUAUGCGCCCACAAUGAGUGUGUUCUAGAAUGCCAAGGGUGCAUAUGUGCGCCCAAGGAGCAUCAUCAUUGCCGCGCUAACAUGUAGCCAAUUAAAACAUCGUUACUGUGCUGUUGCUAUGUUGAUUUGAUAGUAAACAUGUUCUAGACAGAUCACGAUUGGUUAAUAUUUCACAAAUAUGCUAAUUACGUCAUUCACAAACUUCAAAAAACAAAUUAGCAUCAGCUAAAUAUCAAGCUAUCUAGCUAGCACACAGAGAGAGUUUGCGAUUGCGGUACCGUGAAUUUAUAGACCAUGGAGGAGAGUUUUAAUUUCAACUGGGACAGUGACAGCGAUGAGGAGUUUUUCGGAUUUGGAGAGGAGGACUUGGAGGGGGUCCUGUGUGGUCCAGGGGAGGACGAGGAGGGAGUCGAAGAAGGAGGAGCGGCCGGCAACUUCACCGAGGCCGGCGACUUCACUGGCUGUGGUGAGGGAGACGCCCCGCGGGAGUGGCUAGAUGUGACAGGCAAGACGGUGGCCACUGAGGGGGAGAGGAAGCGAUCUGAUGGGAGGAUCCCUUUUGUACACACCAACCCACGACCUGGUCCGCAGAGAGUUUGGGAUUGUAGUGAUCCAUACCUUUUUUUUAAAGCCUUUUUUAGCGAUUGUGUCAUUGAUCUCAUGGUGGCUGAGACAAACCGCUAUGCUGAGGCGUUAGCUUCCACCGAGCUAGCGAGUCACUCUCGUUUACGUGACUAUAAACCCACUGAUCGCUCUGAGAUGGAGGCGUUUUUGGCCAUUCAGAUCAGCAUGGGUCUGACUAGAAAGCCUCAAAUCGCUGAUUACUGGAGCACCCAAAGUUCACUGGGCUUGACACCAAAUUUCGCCCGUGUAAUGACACGCAACCGCUUUCAGCUCUUGUCCUCCUGCAUCCACUUCAAUGACAACUCUCUGAGGUUGGAGAGAGGUCAGCCGGGUUAUGAUCCACUUUUUAAAAUCCGCCCACUUAUGGAUCUAGUCCUGAAGAGUUUUCAGAGCGAGUACUACCCCCACGAACACCUCUCCAUUGAUGAAUCCAUGGUUUCAUUUCGUGGAAGGGUGUUUUUUCGUCAGUACGUGCCAAAUAAAAGACACCGGUUUGGUCUGAAGAAUUUUGUCCUAUCAGACGCGACAAGUAAUUACACGUACCUGUGGCACGUAUACACUGGAGGGGCCUUCAACUACGAUCGCUGUCUGGGUAUUGGCCAUAGUUCAGUUGUUGGCUUGCUAAGGGAAGCCAAGCUUUUGGGGAAGGGACACAGUCUCUAUACUGACAGCUACUACACCUCACCCGCUCUUUUCCAAGAGCUCCACCGGCAAAACACCGGCGCGUGUGGAACUGUUCGUGUGAACAGGAAAGGCAUGCCCCCUCAACUCCAUGGUCUGAAACUGCGGCCUUCAGAUCCCCCUGUGUUUUUUGAAAAACGUCCACUUUUAACUGCGUCUUUUCGUGAUGCUGGCACAGUCACCGUCCUCUCCACAGUGCACGACAAUCUCGUUAUCACCAAACGAGUGCGUAGCAAGGGGCCUGAUGGCUACAGAACUUUGCGCAAGCCAAAGAGCGUGGAGGACUACAACCGCUUCAUGGGAGGGGUAGAUCGCGGAGACCAGCUAUGCUCCUAUUACAGCUACCAACACCGUGCAAUGAAGUGGUACCAUCGGUUGUUCCAUCAUAUCCGAGAGGUCGCACUUGUGAAUGCCUACAUCUUGCACAAAGAAAGUGGCAAUACAAUGCAGUCGGCUGGAUUCCGCGAGCUUGUGGUGAAGGGGCUACUGAGACGGAGGCAAAUUGAGCUCACUCCUCCUCCCAGGCCAAUCAGCACACCGUUAGUGCCCGUGCGUCUCACUGGUCGACACUUUCUCGGACAACACGAGAAAUCGCGUCCGGACUGCAAAGUCUGUUCCACGCGGAAGCGCAGUCCAGAUGACGCACAUAGAGGGAGGAAGCAGACACCUUUCUUCUGCAAGACCUGUCCAGACCACCCUGCACUGUGCCCCACUGACUGCUUUGAGAUGUACCAUACAAAGCUUGUGUACAAACACUGAAUCUUCCAUCUCAGGCAUCCACCACUACCAGCCUAGGUUGUCUAGGAGCACUUUCAAUCAGUUAAAUCAGCCUUCUUUCAAUCAGUUCAAAGGAUCAGUUCUUUCAAUCAGUUCAAAUUAUCAGUUCUUUCAAUCAGUUCAAAUGAUCAGUUCUUUCAAUCAGUUCAAAUGAUUAGUUCUUCCAAUCAGUUACUGUUCAUUUUUAGAAAUCUAUACAAAACUUGAACUGAUAUUUACUGUUAGUUUGUUCAA